GAGCACGCAUAGCAUCACUAGUUCACCCAAAGAAAUGAUGAAGACGUCGUUUUUUCUGGCGGCAAUGCUGGCGCUCUGUGGCGCAGGCUUCGCUCAAGAUAUCGAUGGCAACAGCUACGGCGAAUUACAGAACAUAUCCGACGAUUUUGGAGGGGAAAACAUGCAAGAUGCUGUUGGUGAUUAUGAUCUGGGAGACAACCUGUACACGGCGGUGGAGAAACGUGGCAGGAGGCCUGGAUCAGUGGUGAUUCUUCCUGACUGCCGAGCCCGCACGUCCUGUGUCCGGAACUACAAGGCGUGGAGCGUCCAGGUUUGCCGCUGUCCUUCCUCCCUCAUCUGCUCCAAGCGGUCUGGAAGGUGCAUCUGGUGACCACUUCUUCACCAGCUGGUGAGGCAUGCCGGGAAACUCAAGUUUGUUUCUUGCGCAUGAUGACGUAUGAAAAGAGGCGUUGUACAUGCCCAUAUUUGGGCAGAGAAAUCACGGUCUUUAUCCUGGGAUCCGGAGUAGGUUUUGGAGAAGGAGAAGGGGCUGUAACAAUUUGUGUUUUGGUAGCAUUUGUAGUUCUGAUUACUCAUGCUGACAUCGCCCAGAACAGGACUAACUGGAGAGAACUCACGGUCGUCUGCUCAAAUGCAGCCGCCAGAUGAUGAUGACUCGGCAAU